GUUCUAACUUCGAGCCAGCGAUCACGUCAAUUCGUUGCCCAGUCCUUCUCACCCAACACCCACAUCCAGGACUGGUGGACAAGCACCACCACUCUCCUCAGUGAUGACCGAGACAGUUCAACUGAGCCCUGACGAGGCUGCCGCCGCUGCGCGAGCAGCUGAGCAGGCCCGUUUGCGGAAGGAGCGCCGCGAGGCAAAGAUCAAGGCCGGAGGCAACGCUCGCUUGAAUAGAAUCACCGGGCUGGGAGGAGGCGUCCAGCGAGACCCAAUACCGAGCAAUCCCCCGACGGUUGCAUCGCCUGCGCCGGCUCCGGCAGCCACACCAGACGCUGACGCAGAGCAACACCACGGCGACCCCGACGAGGUCGACAUAUCGGAGCACUACUAUGAGCCACAGAAGACCAACCGCAUUCCCUCACCCUCACCCGCCGCAAGGGGCAGCGGUGGCCCUAACAACAUGUCCGAGGACCAGCUGCGGCAGAUGAUGCUCGGCUUCGACCGCCCCGCCGGCCCCGGCGCCAACGGCAACGCACCCGCAAAUCCUUUUGACCCAGCGGCCAUGUUUGGCGGCGCAAAUGGCGAUGAGGACCCCAUGAUGAAGAUGCUAUCGCAGAUGCUUGGCGGGAUGCCUCCCAACAUGGGACAGGGCGGUGGGCCCGGCGGGCCCGGCGGCAACCCUUUCGCGGGCGGCAACCCCUUCGCGGGAGGCAUGCAACCGCAGCAGCAGCAGCAGCAAGGGGCGACGGCGGCUUUCGAUCCCUACUCCGCCUUCUGGCGUGUCGUGCACUUUCUUGUCGCCGCCGGCUUGGGCUUGUACAUCUCGCUUCUGGCCGGCUUCACGGGCACCAAGAUCGAGAGGGAGCGCGCCGAGUUCGCCGCCAGCACUGGGCACGCUGACUACGACGACGGGCGCAAGUACUUCUUCUGGACCUUUGCCACGGCCGAGACUAUCCUGCUCACGAGCCGGCUGCUCCUGGACCAGGGGCGGGCGCCACCCCCUGGUUUCUUGUGGACUGUCUUGGGUCUCAUACCGGAUGGGAGGCUGAAAGGGUUGGUGACUACGGGGCUCAAGUACUCACGGAUUUUCACCACACUCCGUUCGGAUAUACUGGUCUGCGUCUUUGUGCUCGGUGUGACUUCUUGGCUGAGCUCUUAAGCCUGGAGUGACAAAGCUGAGUUGACCAAGACUAUUUGGCUCCUGCUGCUUUAAAGUGGCCGAGGACCUGAUUAAUACAUAUCAUAGCGCUGAACAUGCGUUAGCCUUUUGCGCUUUAUCUAUACGGCGUAGAUGCUAUAAAGUCAACAUGACAGGUAUUCAAUG